AUGGCCAUACUAGAGAAUCCUUUUACCAACGAUCCUUACUCGAGGAAAAACAAAAAGAAAAAGCAAUUACAAGAAGAGUUGCAACAAGAAUAUCAUAACCCGAAAUCCAAGAAGGCAGAUUCAUCGUCAGCUUUAGUGAUAACACAUGUCACUACAGCAUCUAUAGGGCCACCUUUAGAACCAUUCAGAACAAGAUUCACUUCGCCAAAAUUAUAUUCUCAUCGUAGAAGUGUUUUCAAAGCGUUUCUGCUGACAAACUUCAUCAUUGGUUGCUUUAUUAUUCCUUGUUUAUCCAUCUAUUGGGGUGCCACUUAUAGAAGACCUCAUUUCCUACAUACAUUAAAUCUUAUUGCCGUAUUCCAAGACGAUUAUGUUCAAACAAAUGAAAAAUUUCCCUUCAUCGAUGAAUCCUUCGCUAAACUAACUGAUAAUGUCACACCAAUGUUAGAUGAAGCAUAUUCUUGUAAAUGGCAUGUUUACAACACAUCACAAUUCAUGUCAAAGUUCAACGUCUCCAAAGAUGAAAUCGAUCGUCAUGUUGUUCAUUUGAUUUACGAGGAAAAAUAUUGGAUGGCAGUCAAUAUAAAGGCAAAUUCCACUCAAAAAUUGUUGAAUUCUCUUUUACCACAUAUAGAACCUGCCUAUAAACCGUUCAAUUUCUCCGAUAAUUUCCAAAUCAUUUAUGAAUCAGGAAGAGACCCUACAAAUUUGAAAGCUUCCAUGUUACCUGUUAUGCAAUCCUUCGAGAAAGUUUAUGAAAAUUACUACUCUACAAUGUUUUAUCCAUCUCUUCUGAGAAAUAUCACCACCUCAGGCGUAGAUAUCAAUAUCUUAAAUUCCACAGAUCUGGGUAAAGCUGGCAUGAUGAGAUACGGUUACUUCGAUCAUAGACCAUUCACAGAUUAUGCCUUGGUGUCACCUUUGCAAGUUGGGUUAAUCUACUGUUUAUUGUUAACAGCUUUCCAAUUCGCAGUUUAUGGUCCCUUGCACGCAAAGAUGUCAAGAAUUUUGACUUUUAAGCAUUUGAUCGUCUAUAGAAUCAUAAUAAUGUGGAGUACGAUGUUUUUCCUUUCGUUAUUCUUCUGUACAGUCUCGGCAGUCUUUAGAAUCAAUUUCACCUUGGCAUUUGGUAAAGCUGGGUUUGUCGUUUAUUGGGCCUCUACUUGGUUAGUCAUGUUAGCAUUGGGUGGUGCCAAUGAAAAUGCAAUUACAUUAGUAAACGUCUUUGGAAGACAAUAUUUGAUGGUUUGGUUAAUGUCUUGGAUUAUUCUUAACAUCUCCCCUUCUUUUUAUCCAUUGGCAUUGAAUAGUAACUUCUAUAGAUAUGGUUAUGCAAUGCCAGUUCAUCAAGCAGUCGAUAUCUUUAAAGUCAUCUUCUUAGAUCUUACAAGAAGGAAGAUGGGGAGAAAUUAUGGUAUUCUUGCUGUGUGGGUUGUAAUAAACACUGCAUGCUUGCCCUUAACAUUGAUUAUCGCUCAUAAGAAAAUUGAAAAAGAUAGAAAGAAAGCUUGGUUGACAAAACAUAAUGGUACAAAUACAACAACUCCAAAUAGUGCUUCCACUAAUAAUUUGAACCCAGAUAUGGUAUCUCCAGAUUCAGCCACUCGACAUGAAAUCGAUAUUACCCCAGAAUUAAUGGCAAAGAUGAAUUCGUCAGAUCCUACUACUGAAAAGAAUUAUUAUAUGCCAGGUACAACUUUAACAACUACGUCCACUGAUGAGCGUGCAUCUUCUUCUUCGACAAUAACUUUAGGAUCCAUCUCCACAGAAGGUUCUGCUGCCGAUGAUGAAGUUGCUGAUACUGUCAUCCCAUAUAAUACUCCAAAUGCAUAUUUACCUGGUUCUUCAAAUACUGCAACAGUUCCUUCAAAGAUCAAUGUAACCGAAUCUCAUGCAUCUAUUCCAAAUGUGAAUCAUAUCUCUACUAUAACCUCAUCACCUGCAAACCUUUCAAUAAAUGAAACAGAAAAUGAUUUCAAUCUUGCCAUGGAUCCUUAUUUAAAUAGUGAAGAUCAUUAUUCGGAAGUAGAUGACACUUUUGUCGAUCCAGGUGAUAAUCAAAAUAAUAAUAAUAACGGAGAUGAUUUAGAUAUCGAAGAUUAUAGGGGUCUAGGUUACGAAUAUGAUGCCCAGGAAGUAAUAGGAUUCGGUUUGCCAUAUGAUGUCUCUCAAAACGAUGAUGAAAUUGCAAGAUUGGAUUCAAAACGUGCAGAAUUCGCUAGAUUACAAAAGACAAAAAGUUCAUCGCAUAAUACCAGUGAAAAUUCGUUAAGAAAGACAAAGAGUGUUCAUAGUUUGCGUCCAAUUAAAAGCAUCAAGAAUUUGAAAAAGGACUUAGAUUUAUAA